GCGCACACAAACACGCAAAUACACACGCGCACACACACGUCUCCAAACCAGUAUGUAAAUGUACGCCAGUAUGUGAAGCCUCUGCUUUACAAGAGUCCGAAAACUUUUGCAUAAUUCACUUAACCGGCUUGUCAAUGCUGCGUAACUUUUCUGGAUAUUAUUUCUGAAGACUUGUCCUGAGUUUUUUUUUUAUUCAUUGGCUCAGACGGCUUUAUAUGGACUGAGAUGUUGCAAUGCUCCGCAGGACAAUAUCGAGUAUAUGUUGGCUUUGGUUUCUGCACUUCAGUGUGUUAAUAUGGAGAGUUGAGUGCGCCAGUGCGCAAAGCUGUCAUGAAGUAAAAACCGCUUUCCAGCUGCGCCAGGUCGGACCAUUAAAAUGGGUCCCGGAGACAGCAGCAACAGAUGCAGAUCUUCUCAUCUGUAAACAUCAAGGUCCCACCUGUUGCACUCGCAAGAUGGAGGAGGCGUAUUACAACGCUGCCCAGACGGACACCAUCCAGAACAUUCGAUCCUAUAGCUUUGAACUCAAAUAUCUCCUCCUGGGCCAUGCAUCGUCCUUCCAAGAUUCCUUUUAUUCCCUGCUCUCCUUCAGUCUCAAUCACACCCAGUCCCUUUUCGACAGAGCCUACAAGCCGAUCUCUGAAGACGCCCGACCCUUGCUCUCUGAACUCUUCACUGAUCUUGGCCUUUACCUCCGUGGCGAUGGUAACAUCUCCGUGGAAGACUCCGUCCACCGUUUUUACGACCAACUUUUCCCGUUGGUCUAUCAGCACCUGAUCAAUCCCGGUUUAGGUUCCCCCGUAUCUCCCUGGUCAACUGAAGGAAGCGAUUGCCUGCGUGCCACAAGGCACGACAUCAACCCCUUCGGUCGUCACCCGCAUGCCCUGUCUCAGGAUCUGUCCAUCGCACUAGGAGCAGGCCGUGCCCUCAGUCGAACGCUGGAGAUGGGCACCGAGAUGUUGCAAGCCAUAGAUAUGGUGGGAUUGGCAAGGCAAUGCGGGCAGGCGUUGGUUAGGAUGCAGUUCUGCCCGCACUGUCGUGGACUGACCCUGAUCCAACCGUGUAAGGGGCUGUGCUUUAAUGUGAUGCGGGGUUGCCUGGCGGGCCUGGCCGAGCUGGACAGGCCAUGGCGACGGUAUGUGGCGUUGCUGGAGAAGAUAAGCAGAGCGCUGGCGGGGAGAUACGAGAUGGAGCUGACGCUUUUGAACAUCCGAGAGAGGAUCAACGAUGCCAUACUCAACGCACAACUGAGCGGCCCGCAUCUGAGCGCCGUGGUUGGCAAAGUUUGCGGUCCCCUGACUAAUCCUGGUUCCUCGACUCCCAUCAGUCUCACUUCAAAAACUCCUCAGAGUCCUUCAGUGAACCCCACAGUCGAACUCCAAACCUCGGUCACAUCCUCCAGCCCCACAACAUCACCUGAUACAGACAACCAACAUCAGCGUAUCACACUUACAAAAAGGUCUUUUCCGCUGAAGUCGUCCAAAAAUGAGAAAAUACGAAGUCUGAGAAAGAUUUCAAAAGAGUUUAUGGGUUAUAUUCAGAGGUACAAGCCGUUCUUUUCCACCCUUCCUGAGAUGCUCUGCGAGGGUCAGGUGGAGAUCGACGAAAACACUUGCUGGAGUGGAGAAGACGUGGUGGAGAGUUACACGGGUCGAGUGGUUGGAAACGGACUGCAGGCCCAGAGACACAACCCAGAGAUAAAGGUCAAAAUUGCACAUCCAAGACUGGUCAGCAUUAAGGAAAGGCUAGAGCGUUUCAACCAGGAGAUGAGAGGUGAGACGGGUUUCGGAGCAGAUGGUCGCGGAGAAGACGAGACGGGCAGCGGUGACCCGCCAGAAGGAAGUGGCGAAUGCGAUGACGAAGACAGCUGUCCAGAAUCGGGCGACGAAAAAAGUGAGACAGGGGAACAUCUGCGCAUCUGUCCACAGGGCUACACCUGCUGCACCAGCGCUAUGGAAGAGACGCUGUCGAACCUGAGCCGCAGAGAGUUUGAGGGACUGGUCAGAGAGGCGGGACGCUCCAUACAGGCCUCACUUAAUGCCCAGUACAGAACUUUUGAUACAUACUUCCUUGAACUUCUCAACGGUUCUGAGCGAUGGUUGGAAGAGGCUUUCGUGGCAGCUCUGGGGGAUCUCUACCGACCUAACGCGGGUGUUUUCCGAGACCUGUACGCCGACCUGCGACGCUACUACAGCGGUGCAUCUCUGAACCUCGAGGAGAUCUUGGACGAGUUCUGGAUGAGGCUUCUGGAGCGUCUUUUGAAGGCAUCAGACCCCGAGACCGCCUCCCUCCUCUCCGAUGACUUCCUGGAGUGCGCCUCCAAGCAAACCGAGACCCUGCGUCCUUUCGGCGACGCCCCGCGCGAACUGAAAGCCAAGCUGGUUCGGGCCUUCAUCGCUGCUCGCGCUUUCGUUCAGGGCCUUAACGCAGCUGGAGAGAUCGUAAGGAAAGUGUCACAGGUUCCUCUAAGUGUGGAGUGCAAUCGUGCCAUUAUGAAACUGGUGUACUGCCCUCAUUGCAGAGGUCUUGGAUCAGUCAAACCUUGUGCCAACUACUGCAAGAACGUCAUGAAGGGCUGCUUGGCCAAUCAGGCUGACUUAGACACCGAGUGGCAAAGUCUUAUAGAAACCAUGCUACAGGUGGCCUCCAGUUUUGGUGCCGAGCCCAGCAUGGACACUGUGAUCUAUUCAAUUCCUGUGAGAAUCUCAGAAGCCGUUCUCGCUUUGCAAGAGAACAUGGAGAUCUAUACCAGCAAGGUUUUCAAGGCCUGUGGGGACCGCGGAGAGGAAGGCACACCGAGCUCAAUAUCCGAGGAGCCAAAAAAGAGAGGAAGUACGGUGACAGCCCUGGAAUACAAACCCAGUCCCAAAGCAGCAGCGCGACUGGAGGUCCAGGUCACAGACGUUUCCAGUAAACUCAAGGAAAUGCAGUUUUAUUGGGUUCAGUUGCCUUCGGCUCUCUGCAGCGGUAAAACAUCCAGCGGUGACAAAUGUUGGAAUGGAAUGACCAAAGCCAGUUAUCUCCCUGAGGUCAUGGGGGACGGGCUGGCCAAUCAGAUUAAUAACCCAGAGGUGGACAUUGACAUCACCAAGCCAGACAGGACCAUCCGUCAACAGAUCAUGCUGCUGAAGAUCAUGUCUAAUCGCCUGAGAAAUGCUCUUAAUGGAAACGAUGUCGACUUUCAAGACACCAGUGAUGAUUUCAGUGGGUCUGGAAGUGGCACGUGUGCGGAUCACAUGUGCGUCCGGGGCAGGCCGCCGGUCUUCGGGCCGAAAACAGACAAACCCAGACUCUUCGCUUCCCAACCUGAAAACAAAAGAGUUAAAGGCUCUGCGAACCCAAUCCAGCCAUCCAUCAUCUUACUGCUUCUGUUACUCGCAUGUCUGUUUCUCAGACGGUAAUGCAAGUAUUUCAGUGCAGCUGAUUCAAACUUUGGGAUCUGGACAGGAAUUUUUGAAUAGGAUGGGGAUAAACAUGGAAUGUUAAAAUAUGAGGAAAUAAUGAAUAGGAUAAAUGAAAAAUGGUGAGCUGUUAAUAUUGCCAAAAGAAAAGGAACCUUGUGAGUAAAUGAACAUUUUAUUUCCUCUUGAAUGCAGAGGCAACCGUGAAACAAUUUUUUUUGUUUUGUUUUUUAUGUUUUGUAAUAUGUCAGACAUAAUUGCUGACUCAGUACAUCGAUUGACAUUUCGGUUUUUUACCUUUGAAUGUAAAAAAAAUUAACUAGACAGGAAGAAUGCCGGUUUAGAUUUACCGUACGAGGUUCUCAGCCACUAAAGCAAUUUAUACACAAUUCAUCGUUCAAGUCACCAAGUCAACAACCACGAUGUCAACUCGUUUCAUUUCACAGUGCAUUUGUUACAUAAAUUCAUCUUUGCACAAAAGUCUGUUUUACCUUGAAUGUGCGCAUUACAAAACACUAAAGGAUUAGGAUAUAAAAAAAGAAAAAACCUAAUCAAAUUUUUUAUAUCGGGGUAUAAUUCUUUCAUUCUGCUUUGAGAUCAUCUCUGAUAGGGCUGCACGAUAAAUCGCAUGCGCAUCGCGUCAGUAAAGCCGGUUACUUAAUUAGUAGUAAAUCACCAUCACCUGCUUUCAGAUGGAGUGCCAUUUACUACACAAACCCAUAGUUUACUGACAAGCUGGGCCAUACGCAGGCGAUACGUCUGCGAUAAUUUAUGGCAAGUUUGGCCCGAUUGACGAGAUGCGCAUGACAAUCAAAUGCGAUUUAUCGUGCAGCCCUAAUUUCUGAAAUUGUAAAAAAAAAUGGCAAAAAAUAUGUUUCUGUACAAAAAUGUACAAACCAUUAACUUUUAGAAACUGUUGGCUGUGUUAUUGCUCAUAACGGCACAAAAUAUAUGAGAAUGUCACUUUUUAGCACCGUUGGCAUACUGUACUGUACUUACACAGAAGCAUGUGUCAAUUUUCUUAAAUCAUUUGAUUUGCCUUGAAUGCAACUUCUUUAUUAGCCAAAGCCCAAUGAGAGCUGUUUACAGAAUGUACAUUUAAUAAACAUCUUUUGCAAACAUCAGUCACUUUUAAUGAAAGUGCGUAGGGCACUGCGACAACUUCGCGAUUUUGAUUUCACAGCAAUAUCACACGUGGCAUUGACACUUUAACCGUGGGUUCACACCAGCCGUGUUUGAGGUGUCAAAAUCGCGUCUAGUUUGCCGCUUGAACAUUUUGAGUUUACUCGCUUCAUUCGCGCGUGAAAGCCGCGCACGAAAUUCUAGUCAUCGAGACAUUUAUGCGGAAAUUCGCGUCAUGGGGGGGCUUCUGCGACUCUGCUCGCUUUCUGAAAUCACGUCAAUACUAGAGCAAGCUUCUAAUUGGUUAACACGGCACGUUUUUCCCCCAAAGUUCAAUUUUUUCAACUCGCGCGCGAAUGAGACGGAAUUGCGUCUACCGCACUAAACGCCUCAUUCGCGCUGCGAGACCUCCAGACGCGCGUCAACGCUUCUUCACAUUGACUUAACAUUGAAAUCACUCGUGCCUGACGCCUCUACCGUGGCUGGUCUGAACGCAGCAUAAGACCAUUUCAAGAAAUGAAGAGUUUCGUUGCAAAACGAGAUAAAUCCAUUUUUUUACAUUUUUGUCAAAACAUGUUUAUUAUUAUUUUAUCAUGUUAUUAUUUGGUUUUAUUGUGCUACUAAGCUGUAUUUUUUAAGUUAUGAAGGUUUAAAUCAAAACAAACCAACUGCAGUUGCAUUGAAAUUAAUUGGAAUGCACAACCAAAAAACGCGAUUUCUGAACAAUUAACAAGACGGUGGUUAUCUUGUUUUGCAACGAAACUCUUCAAAUCGAUUCGUAAGCUGAAUGAUUAUUGACUAUUUGCAAAAGUAUUUUCUGAAAUUCAACGUAGCUUAAACCAUGAAAAUUGCUUU